AUGUCCAAUUUCUCCUUGAAUUCUAGCUUUUUGCUGUUGGAAUUUUCCAAGGUCCGAGAACUACAAAUCUUACACUUCAUUGCAUUCCUAGGAUUGUACAUGGCAAUCAUGAUUGGGAAUCUUCUCAUCAUUGCUGCUGUAGUCCUUGACCAUCAUCUGCACACACCCAUGUACUUUUCCCUCAUGAACUUGGCCAUGAUGGACCUUGGCUCCAUUUCAGUCACCAUACCCAAAUCCAUGACAAAUUCCCUUAUGAACAGCAGGUUGAUUUCUUAUUUUGGAUGUGUUUCUCAAGUUUUCUUUUAUUUGUUCUUUGAGGUAUCUGAUUUUGUCCUCCUUACAAUAAUGGCACAUGACCGGUAUGUUGCCAUCUGCAAUCCACUUCGAUAUGAGGCCAUCAUGAAUAAAAGAGCUUGCAUCCAGAUGGCAUUUAGUGCAUGGUUUAGUGGUCUUCUCUAUGCUUCAGUUCAUACUUGCAGCAUGUUCUCCAUCACUUUGUGCUCUAAUGUUGUCAAUCAGUUCUUCUGUGAAAUCCCAGCAUUGUUGAAGCUCACCUGCUCAGACUUAUACUUCGUUGAAUUUGGGCUUCUUCUGCUUGGUUGCAACAUGUCUUUAGGCUGUUUCAUUUUUAUCAUAGUAACAUAUGUACAGAUCUUCACUGCAGUGCUUAGGAACCCGUCCAUGCAGGGGAAGCAAAAAGCCCUCUCCACUUGCCUUCCCCAUCUCACUGUGGUCUUUGUCUUUGUGUUCACUGGGGUCUUUGCUUAUAUGAGGCCUCCAACUGUGACUUCAUCUGAGCAGGAUCUGGCCUUUGCUAUUACAUAUACCAUAGUUCCAUCCAUGAUGAAUCCAGUGGUCUAUAGCAUGAGAAACAAGAAGCUCAAGGAUGCCCUGAGGAAGCUCUUAAGUGUUUAA